UCCUUCUCUAUAUAAACACUCUCCCCUAAGACUCUUCAUCAUCCAUCACUACACACAUCUCCUCUUGCAAACCAACAAAAAACCCUAACUAAGAGAUCAAUAUGGCUGGAGUGAUGAAGUUGGCAUGCUUGGUCUUGGCCUGCAUGAUUGUGGCCGGUCCAAUGACAGCGAACGCGGCUCUGAGUUGUGGCACCGUUAACAGCAACUUGGCAGGGUGCAUUGGCUACUUGACCCAAGGUGCAGCCCUUACCCAAGGGUGUUGUAAUGGCGUUACUAACCUAAGAAACAUGGCUCGUACAACCCCAGACCGUCAGCAAGCUUGCCGUUGCCUUCAAUCUGCCGCUAGAGCUGUUGGCCCUGGUCUCAACACUGGCCGUGCAGCUGGACUUCCUAGCGCAUGCAAAGUCAAUAUUCCUUACAAAAUCAGCACCAGCACUAACUGCAACACCGUGAGGUGAUGAGCGACAGUCAAAUGAAGCUACUAGCGGAUGUUUCGAAUACUAUAUAAUCGAUGAGAUAAUAAUACUAAAUAAAAUGUUCGAAUGGCUGUUUUUAGAGUUUUAUAUUUCCUGUUUUUUUCUAUCGUGGCGUUUCUAUUAUGUUGUCGUCUGUACUCUGUACUAUGUUCGCAAACAACGUUAUAUGAAUUUCAGUUUCAAUUUAAGUUA